AUGCAAUUUAUUAACGCUUUGUUUGAAGAAAACAGAAAGAAAUUAGAGGAGGUGCAGGCUGCUAACCAAUUACUUGUGGAAGAGAACAGAGUCCUGAAAUACAGAGUCUCGGAUUUAGAAUGUAAUCAUAACGAAUUAGAUCAGUAUAUAAGAAGAGAAAACCUUGUCAUUAGUGGUGUGCCACAAACAGAAAGUGAAAAUACAGAUGCAAUAGCUCUGAAAAUCGCUCAGAUCGCGGACAAAAACAUCACCAUGUCGGACAUAGAUGUCUCGCAUCGUAUCGGAAAACGAAAGCCGUCGGUUGGUCAGCGUUACAAUCCCCCCUCUCAAAUUAUUGUCAGGUUCACAAGUAGAAGAGCUCGCGAUGCUGUGUACAAGGCCCGCAAAAACCUGUCAACCGUUAAAACAUCGAGUCUCGGUUACGAAGUUACAAAUGAUAUAUAUAUAAAUGAGAACUUAACGCCUAUUGGGAAAGCUUUAUUUACUAAGGUAAACAUCAAAAGGAAACAGUGUGGCUGGAAAUUUCUAUGGACACAUUAUGGCAAAAUUUUAACAAAGAAAGACGAGAAUUCACCAGUUGUCUACAUUCCAAACGAAGACAGUCUUUGCAAAAUAUGUUAA